UCAAGGAUACAGAGAUCCACAUCGGCGAAUUCGAAGGUAGCGAAGGGAGGAAGAAGAAGUGGAUUCUCGAGCCGGGGCUCUUGCUAGCGUCUAAGGAGAUCCGCGCAAUUGCCAAACCGAUGUUUUAUGGGGGGAACGCAGCACGCCGCUUCUAUACGACACUCGACAUCUCUAUGACUGGCCGCAGGCCGAAGUACGAGCCCUGCACUGUCCAGGCGUUCAAGAAGGCCGUCUCUAGAUUCCCGGAGUGUUUGGAGAACGGGAGCAGCUUGACGGUGACCAUCGACAACAUCGGCCGCUCCACCCUCAACUCCCUCGCCAUCAUCCCCGAAUUGGUGAGAGACUUCGGGUUCAAGGAAGUCGAUGGGGAAGAUACGCUCAAAUUCAUCGUCACCAGAAGCUUGGACACCCCUAACAAGUCCUGGGCCUAUGUUGUUUCCAAGAACUACCGUGGCAUGUCGAAGAUUCAGCUGGUCAGAGCAGCGCUUAUUUGGCUCGAGAUCGACAACAACUGGGAUCGCUACCCCGACAGCCAGUAUCUCCGAUGCCGGGCGGGCAAACGCGCGGUCAAGGGGACGUGGAGGAUGGAAGAGGGCAGGCACUACGACGCCGACGCGAUUGUGAUGCGGCAAGAUUGCGGGAUGACGCUCCACCCUACGAGCGAGGAGUUGGAGGCGUUCUAUACCAGGCCGUGGGUAAACGAAGAGGAUGAAGAUAGGCGUUAGGCACAGAAGGUGAAGCGUGGCAU